AAAAAAAAAAUACGAUUUUUUGAUGAUUAUUUGAAUUGCUUGGCUAAAACUGUAUAAGCAGCAGAUAGAGGCUGUAAUUACAUCUAUACUGUUUAACCAUUACAAGUUACAAUAUAUAUCGCCUUUCAAUUCAUAUUUACUAUCCAUUGCAUUCAUUCAUAUUCCAUUCUUCAGUUCUACUCCCUUUAUUUUAUCACCAGCCACAUCUCAUUCUUGGCCGUACGGUUCCACCAUUAAUUUUCAUCUCAUAUAAUAUAUCAUCUGCAUCAUCACAUACAUAACAUCUAGUAAUGCUUUAACAACCAUGCCUCCAUCUACUACAUCUACCAAUACCAAUCCUGUCCGUCGAAUACUUAGAAGUAUCGAAGAAAGACGUUUGGAAUUACAAAUAGGAUUAAGAAUACGAAAUAAAAUUCAUAAAUUAACUAAUUUUCUUUAUCCAUAUGUAUCAACACUCAUCCCCAACUUCAGAAUCGCACAUUAUGUCUAUAUCAUAUUCUUAACGUUCUUAGGAACUUUCAUAAUGUUCCCUGAAAGAAACCUCCAUUAUAUUGACAUUUUAUUUUUCUCCAGUGGAGCAGCUACUCAAGCGGGGUUGAAUACAGUUGAUACCAAUCUUUUAAAAUUAUAUCAACAAAUCACUAUCUAUUGCUUAACCUUUUUUGCUACUCCAAUCUUCAUUCAUGGUUCAUUAUUAUUUAUUAGAUUAUAUUAUUUUGAAAGACAUUUUGAUAACAUAAAGGAAAUAUCUAAACAAAAUUCAAAAAUGAGAAGAUCAAUGACUUUAGCAAGUAUAGCUCAUCUGAGAACUCAUUCUUUAGCAUUGGAUCCAACUCAAAGGAAUACUUAUAAUAAUCAAGGAUUAGGAUAUAAUACUGCAACUCAACAAGGUCAAGAACAACAACAACAUACUCAUGAUCAAGAUCUUGAGCAUGAUGAUCAUCAUAAGAAUAAAUCAAAUCAUGUGGAUGUAAAUGAUAAAGAAGUUGAUACUAAUUCAUCACCACCAUCUUCAACUUCAAUGCCAAAAAAUGCAAAUGGAGAUGUCACUCAUAUGAGUGAACCAUCCGAUUCAGAACCUGAUGAACAUGUACCUCAUCCUCGUGAUCAUUCUCCAUCUCCAACUCCAAUUCCAAUCCUAAGUUCUCAAACUAAUGAUGUUAAGUUUGGUAAUUUACCUGAGCCACCUACAAAGAGACGUAAUAGAGAUAUAGAUCCUUCUCAAAUGUACAUGUCUAUUGCCAUGUUACAAGAAAAGCAACAACAACAAUCUCAAAAUUCAAUUAAUAAUGACAACAUCAAUAAUACCAAUAAUUACAACAGUGCUCCUACCAACAUCCAAUUUGUUGAUCUUGAAAGUCCUCAGCGUCAUAGAGGUAAUAAUAAUAGUCCUCAUCAUGGAGAUGAUGAUGAUGAUGAUAGUGAAUUGAUUAUUAAAUCUCCUACCGAGAUUGAAAAUAGUGAUACGUCGAUUCCAAUUUUCAUAAAGAAAAUCAAAUCUAAACAUUUAUUAAGACCAGGAGGUCCUAUACGAAGAAGAUCAUCAUCUUCCAAAUGGGGAUUGAAAUCAAGAUUAAGAAAGACAUUUUCAAAUACACCCUUAGCUAGUCCUAAUCCGAAUCGAAAACGAUUUAUAGAUGAUGAAGAUGGGGACGAUAAUGAUGAGGGUGAUGAUGACAAUGAUGAUGACGAGGAUGAAGAAGAUGAAGAUGAAGAAGGAUCGAUUGAUUCUGAAAAUGAAGAAGAAGCCAUGACUACUGAUGUUAAUGACGAUGAUGAAGGAGAUGAAGCAGUCAUGGAUGAUGAUGAUGAUGGUGAUGAUGAUGAUGACGAAGAAAAUGAGGAACAUAAAUCAGGUAAGAAACAUCUGAAAACACUUAACACGUUAGAUAUAUCUGGAAAAAAUAAAUCAUCAUUUGUGAAAUCACCUACAUUCGAAAGAAUGAUGAAAAUGAAACAUGCUAAAGAAACUAGGCGUAAAAAGAGAUUAAAUCGAGUUAAAACUCCUUAUAGACGGAAUUCAAGUCUUUUUGGUGGUGAUUCCACUACGGCAAAUAAUACAUUCACUCAUACUUCCUUCGAUGAUGAUAAUACUUCAAAUGAAGAUGGUGAUGAAGAUGAAGAAGCUUCAUAUUAUCCGGGUGAAUAUGAUGGUGAUAACGAUAAUAGCUUAAGAAAAGUUAUGAGUACAAAUUAUUUAUCCUGGACUCCAACUGUGGGUAGAAAUUCUACAUUUGUGAAAUUAAGUGAACAACAAAAGGAAGAAUUAGGUGGGGUUGAAUAUCGUGCUGUUAAAUUAUUAAUUAAGAUUUUAAUUUAUUAUUAUGUUGGUUUCCAUAUCAUUGCUAUAGUAUGUUUCUUGCCAUUUAUAUUAAAUCGACCAGGAUAUCUGGCAGGACUUCGAGAACAAGGUAUUUCACCUACCUGGUGGGCAUUUUUUACAGCUCAAUCCACCUUCAAUGAUUUAGGUAUAACAUUAACCAAUAAUUCAAUGUCAAAUUUCAGUCAAUCAACUUAUGUCAUGAUUAUAUCUUGUUUUUUCAUUGUCAUUGGUAAUACUGGUUUCCCUGUAUUUUUAAGAUUUUUAAUCUGGAUUCUAUUUAAAUUCGCAAAACCUUUAUCCACAUAUAAGGAAUCCUUGGGUUUCUUAUUGGAUCAUCCUCGAAGAUGUUUUACUCUUUUGUUCCCCUCGGUCCCUACAUGGUGGUUAUUCGUUAUUCUUGUGGUAUUAAAUUCGGUCGAUUUAGUGUUAUUCAUCGUUCUUGAUUUGAAUAAUCCUUACUUAGAAGAAAUCCCUGUUGGUUACAGAGUUUUGGAUGGAUUAUUCCAAGCAUUCAGUACCAGAACUGCAGGGUUUUCCGUGGUUAAUCUUGCUCAAUUACAUCCAGCCGUUCAAGUCAGUUAUAUGAUUAUGAUGUAUAUUUCAGUGUUACCGUUAGCCAUUUCGAUUAGAAGAACUAAUGUUUAUGAAGAACAAUCCUUGGGUGUUUAUUUAAAAGAUGAAAAGAACAAUGCUCAAGAAGAUUUAGAAAAGACUCCAACUACAUUUGUCGGUACUCAUUUAAGAAAUCAAUUAUCAUUUGAUUUAUGGUUUAUCUUUUUAGGACUUUUUAUUAUUUGUAUUGCUGAAGGGGGGAAAUUAAAUGAGGGUAAUAUUAGUUUCACUGUGUUUACGAUUUUAUUUGAAAUUAUAAGUGCUUAUGGUACAGUUGGAUUAUCAUUAGGUUAUCCUGGUAUAAAUGCAUCAUUAUCAGCUGAAUUUUCAACCAUUUCAAAAUUAGUUAUUAUUGCUAUGAUGAUUAGAGGUAGACAUAGAGGUUUACCAUAUUCAUUAGAUAGAGCUAUUAUGUUACCUGAUCAAAAUAUGAAAUUAAGAGAUCGAGUUCAAGAACACCAUGCAUUAAGAAGACAUGCUACCAUGGAACAUGCAAAUACAUUGGGAACAUUUAAUCUGAUGGGUGGAAGUAUGAAUGAUAAUCUUUUAAGAAGAGUAGUUACUGGUACUGAGAAUAUAUUUAGAAGAAGAACUUCUUUAAAUAGUGCUCAUUCUUCAAGACGUAAUUCUCAUACUCAUAUUCGUCGUAAUCAAUCACUUUCAGCUCAAUCAUCACCACCGGUGGUACCUCAUAUUCAUGUUAAUUCAGAAGUCAUUCAUACUCAUGUCCCAAGUUAUGUCAUAGAAUCUGAACAUGAAUUGGAUAAUUUAAAGCCAAUCACUACUAGUUAGUUCAUUACAAAAGAUGCAUUUCAUUGUUAUUUAGUUAUAAAUGC